AUGGAUGAGAAACCGGUGGCAAAGGAAGCCCAACAUGGCUCGGAGACGGAUUCUUUGUCCACGGCGGAUAACUACGAGCAAGAUCGAGAAUGGCUCAGACGCGCUAACCCCCAGGGAAUUUCGUCUCAUCAGUCGGGUGUUGACGUUCAGAGAGCCGAGCAGGAGUUCUCCGAGCUGAACAGGCAGUUCUCUAGCAUCUCUCACCAAGCCCAUCGCCUAUCAGCACAGGCCUCAAGAAAGUCCAAGGUCUUCGUAGAGAGCGAGGAUGUGGAGAGGUCAGCAACUUCGGCUGACACCGAUGAACCAUGGGAUCUUGAAACUGCCCUGCGCGGCAGCCAGACCGCUGCGAUAGAGGCUGGCAUCAAAAACAAACACAUUGGUGUCAUUUGGGACAGCCUUACGGUUCGUGGCCUCGGGGGCAUCAAAACCUAUAUCAAGACAUUUCCCGACGCGUUGAUGGAUUUCUUCAAUGUCCCAGGACUGCUAAUCGACCUACUGGGUUAUGGAAAAAAAGGCCAAGAAUUUGAGAUUCUGAAAGACUUCAAAGGUGUCCUGCGCCCCGGGGAGAUGGUCCUCGUGUUAGGACGUCCAGGCUCGGGAUGCACAACUUUCCUCAAGGCAAUCACCAACCAGCGUUUUGGGUAUACCGGGGUGGAUGGGGAGGUGUUGUACGGCCCAUUCGACGCCGACACCUUUUCCAAGAGAUUUCGAGGAGAGGCCGUCUACAACCAGGAGGACGAUGUCCAUCAGCCAACUCUCACAGUAAAGCAAACCCUAGGUUUUGCUCUCGACACAAAGACGCCAGGCAAGCGGCCACUUGGCGUGUCCAAGGCCGACUUUAAAGAGAGGGUGAUCGACAUGCUGCUCAAGAUGUUCAAUAUCGAGCACACAGCCAAUACCGUUGUGGGAAAUCCGUUUAUUCGUGGGGUCUCCGGAGGAGAGAAGCGUCGGGUUAGCAUAGCUGAAAUGAUGAUCACGUCGGCAACGGUUUUGGCCUGGGAUAACAGCACCCGUGGCUUGGACGCGUCGACUGCACUCGACUUUGCCAAAUCUCUUCGGAUUAUGACCAAUAUCUAUAAGACCACGACUUUUGUUUCCCUAUACCAGGCCUCAGAGAAUAUAUACAAGCAAUUUGACAAAGUUCUUGUCAUUGACAAAGGCCGCCAAGUUUUCUUUGGCCCGGCUGCUGAUGCAAGAUCUUAUUUCGAGGACCUUGGAUUCAAGGAGAAGCCUCGCCAAACCACACCUGAUUAUCUGACCGGCUGUACGGACUUUUUUGAACGAGAAUUCAAAGAUGGUCGCAGCGCUGAGGACGUCCCCUCAACCCCAAGUGCCCUCGCAGAGGCAUUUAAUAAUUCCGCGUACAAUGAACGACUCGUGCAGGAAAUGGACGUGUAUCGCGCGCAAAUUCAACAGGAAAAACACAUAUACGAAGAGUUCGAGCUGGCUAAUCAAGAAGCAAAGCGCAAAUUCACCCCAAAGACCUCGGUGUAUUCAGUCCCAUUCUAUUUACAGAUAUGGGCUCUCAUGCAACGCCAGUUCUUGAUUAAAUGGCAGGAUAAAUUCGCAUUGACCGUCUCUUGGAUCACGUCUACCGGGGUAGCUAUUGUCUUAGGUACUGUUUGGUUAAAUCAGCCCCAGACAAGCGCAGGUGCCUUUACCAGAGGUGGCCUUCUAUUCACGAGUCUUCUCUUCAACGGGUUUCAGGCAUUCUCCGAGCUUGCUUCCACCAUGAUGGGCCGGUCAAUCGUCAACAAGCAUCGCCAAUUCACAUUCUACCGACCAAGUGCCCUGUUCAUCGCACAGAUUCUAGUUGAUGCUUCGUUUGCCAUAGCUAGGAUCCUUGUAUUCAGUAUAAUAGUGUACUUCAUGUGCGGCUUAGCUUUAGAUGCAGGAGCCUUUUUCAUCUUCGUCCUAAUCAUCUUCAUUGGGUAUAUUGAUAUGACCGUCUUUUUCCGCACCAUCGGUUGCAUGUGUCCAGGUUUCGAUCACGCGAUCAAUUUUGUCUCCGUGCUUAUCACCUUGUUCGUGCUUACCUCGGGUUACUUGGUCCAAUGGGCAAGCGCACAAGUCUGGUUGAGGUGGAUUUAUUUCAUCAAUCCAUUUGGUCUCGGCUUUGCGAGUCUGAUGGUCAACGAAUUCAGUCGUCUGAACAUGACGUGUACUCAAGAGUCACUGGUUCCCAGUGGACCGGGCUAUGAUGAUAUUGCUCGCCAGGCAUGUACGCUCGCGGGAGGUGAACCGGGCUCUGCUAUUGUCCCAGGAGCGAACUACAUUGGGACCACGUUCAACUAUAUGAAGGGUGAUCUUUGGCGAAAUUUCGGGAUCAUGAUAGCUCUCAUUGUUGGGUUUCUUGGAGCCAACUUGUACCUUGGAGAAGCGGUUCGAUUCGACGAAGGGGGCAGAACCGUCACUUUCUAUCAAAAAGAGAGCAAACAAAGGAAAGCCCUCAAUGAAGACCUGAUGAAAAAUUGGGCUAGCCGGCGCUCAAAGGAGCAAGAUGCAGUGGGGACCGAUCUCGAAAUCACGUCCAAAUCCGUAUUGACCUGGGAAAACGUCUGCUACGAUGUUCCUGUGCCCUCUGGAACCCGGCGGCUCCUCAAAUCAGUCUACGGGUAUGUACAACCCGGAAAGCUGACAGCGUUGAUGGGAGCAUCAGGAGCCGGGAAGACGACGCUACUGGACGUUUUGGCGGCGCGAAAAAAUAUCGGUGUCAUUAGGGGUGAUAUACUGGUGGAUGGGGCACCGCCUGCCACGUCUUUUCAGCGAGGGACGUCUUAUGCUGAGCAAUUGGAUGUUCAUGAGUCGAUGCAAACAGUAAGAGAAGCAUUGCGAUUUUCUGCUGAGCUUCGUCAGCCGUAUGAAACGCCGCAGUCGGAGAAGUUCGCAUAUGUUGAAGAGAUUAUCUCACUCCUUGAAUUAGAAAACUUGGCAGAUGCCAUCAUUGGAACACCUGACACUGGUCUUUCGGUUGAAGAAAGGAAGCGAGUCACCAUCGGAGUUGAGCUCGCUGCCAAACCGGAACUACUUCUCUUUCUAGACGAACCGACCUCGGGACUAGACAGUCAGUCUGCUUUCAACAUUGUGCGAUUCUUGCGAAAGCUUGCCGCCGCUGGCCAGGCCAUUCUCUGUACCAUUCAUCAACCAAAUUCUGCACUCUUCGAAAACUUUGAUCGUCUACUUUUGCUGCAGAGAGGGGGUGAAUGCGUUUACUUUGGCGAUAUCGGGGAAGACUCGCAAAUUCUGCUAGAUUACUUCCACCGACACGGGGCAGAUUGUCCUGCCGAUACCAACCCGGCUGAAUGGAUGCUUGACGCUAUUGGCGCCGGGCAGACCCCCCAGAUUGGCGACCGCGACUGGGGUGAGAUAUGGCGCACGUCCCCAGAGAUGGAACGAGUAAAGCAGGAGAUCAUCGAAAUCAAAGCUAGUCGUGUCGAGCAAGCUCACCAACCCGGCGGCUCUCAGAUUGUGCACAAGGAAUAUGCAACGCCCUUGUGGCACCAGAUCAAGGUCGUCUGCAAGCGGACCAACAUUGUGUUUUGGCGGUCUAGUAAAUAUGGGUUUACUCGCUUCUUCACUCACCUGAGCAUCGCAGUGAUUACCGGUCUUGCCUUCUUACAGCUGGAUGACUCUCGUGCUUCGUUGCAAUAUCGGAUUUUCAUCAUCUUCAACGUGACCAUUAUCCCGAUUAUCAUUAUUCAACAAGUCGAGCCGCGGUACGAAAUGUCUCGCUUGGUGUUUUAUCGAGAGUCCGCCUCGAAGACAUACAAAGAGUUUGCCUUUGCCUUGUCUAUGGUGGUGGCUGAGAUUCCAUAUUGCAUUUUCUGUGCCGUCAUCUUCUUCCUACCUCUUUUCUACAUCCCCGGUUUCCAAUCCGCUUCCAGUCGUUCUGGCUACCAAUUCUUCAUGAUCCUCAUCACGGAACUGUUUGCUGUCACCCUUGGCCAGGUGAUUGCAGCAUUGACGCCCAACAGUUUUAUCGCUUCGCAGAUCAAUCCUCCCAUCACGAUUCUGUUCUCGCUAUUCUGUGGUGUUAUGGUUCCAAAGCCACAGAUCCCAAAGUUCUGGCGAGUGUGGCUUCACCAGCUCGACCCUUUCACGCGCAUCGUCGGUGGAAUGGUAACGACCGAGCUCCAUGACCGACCCGUCAUAUGCAGUCCCGGUGAAUACAAUUACUUCCAGGCGCCUCCCAACCAAACCUGCGGGGAAUAUAUGCAACCGUUCUUUGAGAAAGGGGGCGUGGGAUACCUAGUGGAGAAUGCCACACGGGCCUGCGAAUACUGUGCGUUCAAGGUCGGUGAUCAAUUUUAUCAAACCUUCGAGAUGGAAUUUGAUAACCGGUGGCGGGACUUGGGGAUCCAUGCUGCCUAUAUUGGGUCGAAUCUGAUCAUCAUAUUUCUAGCGGCACGCUACCUGGCGUACAACCGACGAUGA